GAGAGAAGAGAUAUGCACAUGGAAGAGGAAGGGAGAAUGAAGAAUGAGGAGGAGGAGCCAGUUAGCCCGAUGGCGCGUCUAUUCCAAUCACCAGACACAGGCAUAUGUAACAUCAUCAACAUUGGGUUCAAUAGCAAAAUGAACCCCGAUGUUGUUCUUCAUGCUUUGAGGCACAAUGUCCACAAGCAUCCUCGUUUCUGCAGCAAACUGUCUGAAAAUGGUGCAAAAUGGAUCGAGACCGAAGUCAACGUAGAAGAUCAUGUAAUCGUACCGUCCAUAGAUCCAGAAGAGAUAUGUGAUGGUGGACAAAGCUUCGUCGAUGACUAUAUCUCACGUCUCACAAUGAUUCCUCUAGAUAGAUCACGGCCUUUGUGGGACAUUCACAUCCUUAACGUCAAAACCUUGGAUGCUAAAGCAGUUGGUAUAAUAAGAUUUAACCAUGCGUUGGGAGAUGGAAUGUCCUUCUUUUCCCUCGUGCUCGCAUGUACCCACAAAACAUCAAAUCCAGACAUGUUGCCUACUGUUAUUCCUUCGGUGAAACGGCGAAGCACUGUGUCGCAUAGACUUGAAAAAAAUGACUGGUUCUUAUGGGCAAUAUUCACCAUUGGUUCUACAUUGAGACUGAUAUGGAAUACAGUCGUAGAUAUGUUCUUGCUUUUUGCGACAAUGUUUUUUUUGAAGGAUACAGAAACGCCACUGAAAGGCGGUGCGAAUGUCAGGAGCAAUCCAAAGAGAUGUUAUCACCGAAAUAUCUCUCUCGAUGACAUUAAACUUAUCAAGAAUGCUAUGAACAUGACCAUCAACGAUGUUCUACUCGGAAUUACACAAGCUGCUCUUUCUAGCUAUAUGAACCGACAAUAUGAACAACAAGACAAGAAUAAUGAGGAGGAUGGAGCAUUAUUGACUUCAUAUCCGAAUAGUCUUCCAGAUGGAAUACGAUUCCGUGCAGGUUGUACAGUAAAUCUAAGGCCAGACAUCGGGUUCAAGCCUUUGGCAGAAAUGAUGGUCAAGGAUUCAAAAUGCAGAUGGGGGAACUACUUUAGCUUAAUUGUUUUACCGUUAUCAAUUCGUUUAGAAAACGAUCCAUUGGUUCAUUUGAAAAAAACCAAAGCUAUGCUGGCUCGAAAAAAGCAUUCUUAUCACGCAGCUCUAGCGUAUUAUUUUAUCAAAAUAUGCCUAAAAGUGUUUGGAGCUAAGGUAGUAUCAUCAUUAUACAAUCUACACGCGAUGAACACAACGGCAUGUGUUUCAAACGUUAUGGGCCCUACGGAAGAAAUCAGUUUCCAUGGCCAUCCUAUCACUUAUAUUUCGCCGAUUUCUUAUGGACAUCAAUAUGCAUUGUUCAUAAUUUACACAAGUUAUGCGGGGGAAAUGACAAUCACGAUAACGGUUGAUCCUACCAUAAUACCGGAUCCUCACACCAUUUGUGAUGAUAUGGAAGAAUCACUGAAAACAAUGAAAGCUGCUCUAUGGGAAAGAGGGUUACUCUGAGGCGCAUGAGGCCUAUUAGUUCUAAUCAUUAAAGACAAGAUAUAUUUUUGUUUGGUAAUAAAGUAUUUUAGAAACUUUCAUUGUUUUUGUAGUAUCUUUAUAUAGAAUUGUGCGAGAGUAGCGGGAAACAAAGAGGGGGAAAAAAGGGUGAGAGAUAAAGAUGAAAACAUUUAAGUGUGUUUUAGUGGAUUCUAGGAAGGGUCUGUGCCUCGUGCGAGAUGUAUGGUCUCCACAUUGGAGGCCUGAACUCAACACCUUGUGUGUGCUCCUCGUUUAAGUUCUACAUCAUUCCUUUGCUUCAUCUUCACAGUUAUCUCAUCUCUUUCUCAUG